GCCUGUGAUAAGGUAAAUAAAACAACAAUUUAGUAAGUAAUGUAAUGAGUAAACAAGAUUUGUUCAUUUUGUAAAAACAAGCAGUGUAUAUAUUGUGGAAUAAAUCAAAUUGUAUUCCAGUUAACUUAGUGAAUUUAACUAAAAAUAUUAAAAAGUAUAUACAAUGGAUUCAAAGACACAGACCUACUCUAAGUAUGCCAUCCUCACACGUACAACUGAGCUUCGAAUGCACGCGUCCGCGGAAGUGCCCUGUGAUCGUUCUUCCGAAGCACAAACGUUCACCAUGGUGGGUGGAACGCUCAUUAAAAUGUUUCAGACACAAGCGCCUGUGGAAGUGGCAGGCAAUAAAAAACUGAGUACAGUACAAAUACUUGAUUUAGUAUACCACAAGCCGAUGUAUGAAAACCUAUAUGAAUGUUCUCAGGAUAAUUUAAUGAGGGUAAAUGAAGCGUUAUGGCCGUAUGUAAUUGGUAUUGAAGAACCAGAGCGACGCUUGCAGCUUGUAAAGAAAAUUGAACAUUGUAAGUGGAUAAUCUAUUUAAAAGUACACGAUCUAGUGCGAGUUUGUGGUGCGCCAUUUGGCAAGAAAUCAACUUUUUAUGACUGCAUUAUACGAUAUAUUGGGCCUGUUGCUGAAAUUCAUCCUGUUGGCUAUUUCUUUGGGCUGGAGUUGCUGCAUUUAGAUAGUGGUUUCUCCCCACAGUCUGAGGUCUUACCUUUCUCAAUUCAAUAUAUGAAUUGCGAUCCAACACUUGCGAUAUUCACAACAGCUGAUAAUCUUCUGCAAUUACCAAGCGAAGUCAAGAAAAAGUUUUCUGUACAAGGAUUUAUCGGUGAUACAUUAACUAAAGUCCGAACCGCUAUAGUACCCUCUACUUGUGCUAACGGCAGUGGUGGCAGCGACAGUAACACAAACUCAUUGCGUAGGAAAAAGAAGCCAAAGAAGAAAGAACCAACAUCACAAUUUUACGACAUUCCAACGUCUGAAAGUUCAAGUUUAGACUUAAAAAGUGCACCCGAAGUCAGGCAAGACUUCGAAAUGGAACGUGACAGCAGUAAAUUGAAGAACUCCGAUGAAUUGGACAACAAUACACAAAUUAUAUCCCUAGGAGAUGAGGACUACAAACAAGCUAUUGAGAAUUAUGAACGUAAUGUGGAAAGACAAAGAGGUACUACGCCAGUAUCUGCCACUAUGCCUGUCCCUCCCGGAAUUUUAAAGCAUCGGCCUACUCAGGCUAUUGUUAGUGGUGUGGAAAGUGGUAGUCAUAAGGAAGUAGUUGGUGGCGGAGAAACUACCAAACGCCCAUUAAAUCUAAUGAGUAUGGAAAACCGAGACAUUAUUGUUAUCGACCCAGCAGAUAUACGUGAGUCCACUAAGAACGAAUCAAAUGUUAUUGUGGUGGAUAAAAAUGUGCAAAAAGAUGUUGACUUAGCCGAAUUAUUAGGCAAUAAUUGGCCAAGUAAUGCAGGUGGGGCUGCAAGUAUACUUAAUAAUAAACCAUCAAUAAAACAACAUGCUAGCGGUACGGGAAUAAUUGAGACAACUCAAACCAAAAGUGCACGAAAUAAAUCGCCAAAUCCUAUAACACAUUUUGGUGGUGUUAAAUCAGCCGGAAGUGCUGUUAUGGAUGGAUUCAUUGGUGGGGAUGCAGCUGGUGAUGCUAUGGGAGGUAAAAAAUAUGCAAAUUCGCGAGAUUCACCGGUUUACGAUAAUUUGGUUGACAUUGACGCACCGGCGCCGAGCGAAGCUGAUUUGAUAAAGUAUACGCCUUUGCAAGACAUACCAGAUUCUGCUUUAGGUUUGGGCUCUAUGGUUGAGGUUUCCAUUCCGGAGGCAUCGGAGAACUUUUACGGUGUUAUUCGUUGGAUUGGUAUAGCUCAAGGUCGUAAGCAAAUUAUGGUUGGUGUGGAGCUGGAAGAGGAUCAGGAUGAUCGUACAUUGCCGACUACAAAUGGCAUUUACAAAGGCGUACGUUAUUUUAAAUGUCACGAUGGCCGCGCACUCUUUGUCACUUCGGAUCGUUGCUGCACAGAUAGACGUUUUAUUGAGCUAGAUGGCAAGGCCAUAGCAAAUAUACCAACAGAUUCAAAAAUGUUUGGACAGGUGGAAUGUCCACCUGUUCCCGGCGCCGUUGCACCGUUGAAAAUAAAAAGUCUUGAGGAAUUGGAGGAUAAUUGUGGCAAAUUUAAAGGCAUACAAGGCCACCAUAAUUCCUGUUAUCUGGAUGCAACACUGUUUUCGAUGUUCACAUUUACUUCAGUCUUCGAUUCGUUACUUUUCCGACCACAAGAGCCAGAUGAUAUAACUAACUACACCGAGGUACAAAAAGUUUUACGUGAAGAGAUUGUGAAUCCGCUGCGUAAAAAUGUUUUCGUGCGUGCUGAUCGUGUCAUGAAAUUACGCCAAUUGCUGGAUAAAUUGAGUUCUGUUAGUGGACUGACCAGUGAAGAAAAAGAUCCGGAAGAGUUUUUAAACAGUUUAUUGGCGCAAAUAAUGCGCGUGGAGCCAUUUCUGAAGUUGAGUUCCGGUCAGGAUGCUUAUUUCUAUCAAUUGUUCGUCGAGAAAGACGAGCGCUUGUGUUUUCCAACCGUGCAGCAAUUAUUCGAACAAAGCUUUCAUUCAUCCAAUAUUAAAUUGAAAGAAGUGCCAUCAUGCUUGAUUAUACAAAUGCCACGGUUUGGUAAAAAUUUCAAAAUGUAUCCAAGAAUUCUGCCCUCGCAGCUACUGGAUGUCACUGAUAUCAUUGAAGAUUCUCCCCGCCAAUGUUCUGUUUGUGGCAAAUUAGCCGAGUUUGAAUGUCGCGAUUGCUAUGGUGUUCUGCAGGGCGGUGUUGGGCUAGAAAGUACGGCAUUUUGCCAUAAAUGUAGCGAGACUGUGCAUAUGCAUGCAAGAAGAACAAAUCAUACACCAAAACAAUUGUCUGUACCGCAAGACUUUCGCAUAAUGGCCGAUCAAUUGACUGUGCCGCGUUUGUAUAUGGAAUUAUUUGCGGUUGUUUGUAUAGAGACUUCACAUUAUGUUGCAUUUGUUAAAGCCGGUUCCGGACCAGAUGCGCCUUGGUGUUUCUUCGAUUCCAUGGCUGAUCGCAAGGGUGAAAAGAAUGGUUACAAUAUACCGGAAAUGAUAACUGUGCCGGAACUACCACUCUGGCUGUCAGAGGAGGGCGCCCGUGUGGUUAAUGAGACAUCAACAAAUGACAAAAUGCUACCGGAACAUGCGAAGCGACUAUUUUGUGAUGCUUAUAUGUGCAUGUAUCAGAGCACAGAUGUGAUGAUGUAUCGCUAAUGUUGAUAGUACAAGCGUGAGAGCGAGAGAGAGUAACAAUAGACAAAGCUUUACUUCUUUAACACAUAACAUAUAUAUGUAUAUAUUUAUAUAUAUAUAUAUAUAUGCAUAAGUUUUUCGAGUGCAUAUGAUGCAUAUAAAUAACGUAUAGUUUUCCAUGACCUUAACGAAAAACAUUAUUAUUCACUUAAUUCAUAUUAAACAGUUUAAAAAAGGAACUCAGUUUACACACAUGUUCACAUAUUCAUAUAUCUCAUAUCUAUUUACACAUUAUAACAAUAUAAUAUAAAAUAAAAUUAAUAGAAUUCCAAAGGGA